GUCACUACUUAUUCACGGCCCUCCCUCAGAUCAAAGUACUUUAGGACAUGCCCAACAGGAGAGCAUUUCACUAUAGAGUUUGAGAAUCUGGUGGAAAGUGAUGAGGGUGAAAGUCCAGGAAGCAGCCAAAGACCUUUGACUGAAGAAGAAAUUGCUGCUCUAAGAGAAAGGCACUACAAUUCCAUUGCUGAAAAACAAAGAACAUUAGAUGUUAAACUUCAGUCAGAGUUAGCCAUACAAGAAGAGAAGUUAAGAAUAGAAGAGGAGACUUUAUAUGCUGCACAGCGUGAAGCAGCCAGGGCAGCAAAGCAGAAAAAGCUCUUGGAGCAGCAAAGACAGCAGAGGACAACACAAGGAAGAAAUAUUGAAGACACCCGAAACUCAGUGGCAGAAGAAGAUUAUGAUUCAUAUGUGAGAAAUGUAAAAACGCAAUAUGAAGCUUACCGAAGUAGCAGGCUCUCGUCAGAUGCUACUGUUCUGACACCAAAUACAGAAAGCAGUUGUGACUUAAUGACCAAAACCAAAUCAACAAGUGGAAAUGAUGACAGUAAUUCCUUAGAUUUAGAAUGGGAAGAUGAAGAAGGUAUGAACAGAAUGGUCCCAUUGCGAGAACGUUCCAAAACGGAAGAAGAUAUACUCCGGGCAGCAUUAAAAUUUAGUAGCAAAAAAACUGGAAGUAAUCCAACUUCUGCCUCUGAUGAUUCUAAUGGUUUGGAAUGGGAAAAUGAUUUUGUCAGUGCUGAAAUGGAUGAUAAUGGCAACUCGGAGUAUGCUGGAUUUGUAAAUCCUGUUCUAGAACUGCCUAUCUCAGACAAAAAAAAAUCAGAUGCUGAUCAGCAAGACAGAUAAUGAAAUCAUGUGGAUUUUGGCUGCGUGACCAAAUGGCUGAAUUUUGUGGGAGAAACCUUAAGUUGUUAGUAUUAUUGCAGUCCUCCGCUGCUGUAUGGCCUCUUUUCAAAUAAGGAAGUAGCACAAUGGUAGUACAGUACUUGGUGAACUCAGCUCCAGAUAUCACCUAGCAAAAAAGGAGGGAACCAUGUUAUAAUGUAAAGAACGAGAGUAUGGUUUGCUAUCUGAAUUCAGAAUUGUAAGUGCAAUUUUAUUAUCUGCCUUUGGGAUUUUAUGAAAAUACCUGAGUCAUUCUUUUGCAUCUGUAUUGGGUUUUAGCAUAUAAUUAUCUGCACUAAAUGAAGCAUCAUGGCUUGAUGUUUUAAUUGGUUAUCUUAUUUUAGGGCAUUAAAUAUUGGCAUGGGCAUAAUUUCAGUCACAUAUUAGUUGACAUCUGAACACUUGAAUGAUAGAACUAGGCAGUUGUAUUUUUCUGUUCAACAUGAUGUAGAAAUCACAGUGAAAUUUUACAUACGGAAUUGGCCAUUGUUUCUCCUAUUGUAUUUAUUUAGUUAGGGUUUUUUUAAUGACCAGAUUUCACCACAUAUAUGGUUUUUCUUAUGAUGAACUAUAAAUAGAGAAAUAUAGUAUGAAACAUCUCUCAUUUAAGAUACUGGAAACUAACAUGGAAGUAAAACUUUAGAGGACCAUAGUUUCCAUUUUAAUCCCAACUUGAAAUGCCAAAUGCUGCUAAUGGAAAUAUUUUAGUUGCAUUUUUUAAAAGUUGUACAGAAUUAAUUUUAUUUAAUAGUUGCUAACUUAAUGAUAGCCGACAAUAAUAACUAAAAUCUUUGAAAUAGUGUGGUUUUAUUGGUGGGAGUCAGAAAACAUACUUAUUGUGGCUAUUUUAAUGCAAAUUUCUAUUCCAGUCCAAAUACUGUAUAUCAUUCCUAUAUAUAUGAAUCAUUCCAUUCAUUUGCUAAUUAAGAUUAGCUAUAAAAGCUAUAACUUGAUCAGUUUUAAUUACUUCUGGAAGAUUAUGCAGGAUGUUGGUGGUGCCCAAAUAUUUUCAUUCUUGCAUGUAAGAAUGAAGCUGUGCAGAUAUGCACAAGCAGGACCAUGGCUCUUGGCAGUAGCAGUGGCUACAAUAUCAAAGAAAAACAAAACAACAGCCACAGCAAAUAACUGCAAUAGAGCUGUAUUUCCUGCUGAAGCUUUGCUUCCAACAGCAAUGCUGUCCAUUAUAGUGGCUGAAACACAUCAGCUGAAGUUUGUGCUCUGUAUUCAAAUGUGAUUCCUGCCUCUGUCCCCCUACUGCAGGGGUGGGCAGCUGCAGCCCUGCAUAAAUUUUUGAACUUCUCUAAUCCUUCAUUAGCUAUGUUGGCUAAGAUUGAUGGGUCAGAGAACAUUGGAGGAGUAGGGUUUCUCUAUUGCUCUGUAACAGGCCUUCAUUACUAUUCAAUUAUGAGUCAGUAAAUACCUUUUUUGUAUGUAUUUGUUUACCUUUUCUUGCUCCCGUGAUCCUGAUUAAUUUAUAGAACUUUAUUUGAGACUCAGAGCAUUUACUUUUUAGGCACACUCUUCACUUCCCCCUGUAAUAUAUUAUGGAGGUUCAGUGGUCAGUGGCAGUAAAUAAUUAUGAAAUAUUUGUAGAGUUACCCAUGUGUGCCAGGAUCACUUUAGACCGAUUUCUUUCCUGUGUGCCUUUAUGUUUUAAAAAGAAAGACAGCUAUUGAUCAUCAUACUUUUUUUCAUGUAUGGCAUUUCUCAAACAGAAAUUUUGUUGCUAAAUAUAUUUACUUGUGGAGUUCUGCAUUUUCAAUGCCUGUAAUAUGCUUUAUUAUAAGAGAUUUGUACACUUCAGAUGUAUAUUUUUGGUUUGACAUAACCUGUUGUGUCUGUUCCUUUUAGCUGUGUUUGGUUCCAAAGUUUAAAUUUCUCAAGCUGUGAAUAAAUUUUUUACACAUAUGAAGUAACUUAAGGUUACUGUGUAUCCACUAUA